CCGCCUCUGUCUUGAGUGUCUAUCAUUUAAAUUUAUAAUUUAAUAAUAGCUAGGGAAAUCACCCUUACCUCGGACCUAUACACGUAAAGGCCUGGUUUAUGGAUCCUGUAGACAUAUUGUCGAAGAGUAGAAUGUCCACCGGAUUUGGACGGUUCACGGAUAAGGUGGUAGUGGUCACGGGCGGCUGUAAAGGAAUAGGGGCUGGAUGUGUCGAGGUCUUCAGAGAGGCUGAAGGAAAGGCAGCUGUUUGGGAUGUAGAUGACGAGGUAGGAAAGACUAUUGCAAGCGAGGAUGUACUCUAUAUUCGAUGUGACAUGACGGACGAAGAUGAAAUUAAGAACGCGGUUGAAAAGACGGUGGAGAGGUUUGGAAGAAUCGACUGCCUUAUUAACAAUGCUGGGUCGCAUCCACCAUUUCACAAAAUAGACGAAUAUCCUGCCGAGGAUUUACGAAAACUGAUGGAUCUCAACUUUGUUGCCUAUUACCUUGCCGCUCAGCACUGUCUACCCCAUAUACGGAAGACAAAUGGAACGGUGGUGAAUAUCGCCAGCCAGGUCGGUUCACAGGGACAGAAGUUCGCAACGGCAUACUCCGCUACAAAGGGUGCAGUCAUUGCAUUUUCAAUGUCUCUCGCGAAGGAGGAAGCUGCGUACGGAGUGCGUGUUAAUGCGGUCAGUCCCACGGCCACAGUUACACCCAUGCUGCGGGGAUUUUAUGAAGAGGAGCCAAGCGAACUGGAGGAAGAAGCUGCCAGGGCGCCUCUUGGACGCUUUUGCCGACCGGAAGAAAUAGGGAAGCUUUGCCUGUUCCUAGCAACGGAGGGUACCUUUAUCACCGGUGAAGACCUACAUCCCUAUGGAGGUAUACAGGAAAAUUGGUAAACCCCAGGUGAUACGAUGAAUGACUCACAGACUUUGCAAAGUUAUUAAGGC